UCUAUGCUUCGUGGAAAAUUUAUAUUAUCUAAAAUUAAUUGGCUAUGUUUUCAGGGAGCGUAAUUAACUUGCCAAAUGGAACCAUGGACUUUCAGCACAAUUUAUAUACGAUAUUAUUAAAGGACGAUUUUGACCUGAGGUUCCGUCAGAUAAAGAACAAGGUGCAAGAAAUCGAUAAAAAUAGUUGUGAAGAAUUUUAUCAGAAUGAGGAGAUCAACUUUCAGAGUCUCUGGCCUAAACACUUCAUAUGUGUAAAAGCAGACACAGAACAGAGUUGUGUGAUCGAUCCAGGAAUGGCGUUGGUUUCCAAGAUAAAGAAUCAAUGGAUUCUGAUUAUUCUAACGUAAGAGAAACAGUAUUGGGCAAAUGUUCAGAUAUAGAUGGUGAACCUAUGUACAGAGAAAUUGGAAGAAUUGAAGCCCCGGGACACAUCGGAACAGGAGUUUAUGUGCUAUCUCUCUUCGACACGCUAUAUCCGAACAUGACUUGUGUGAUGGUAACAGUACACUGCGACAAACGGACAAAAACAAAUCUCUGGAUCGACAAAGGCUUCCACCAGGACGACUUGGAACAUCUCAUAAAGACUGUACCAAUUUUGGGACGUAAUACCACAGUCCCGCCGAAAAUACUGUUUAUAAAGGACAGAUAUUCGAAGUAUGAGAACUAUGAGACUACCAAUAUUAUCUUUAAAUUUGAGUUUACUGGUAAAGCCAAGAUUGUCGUGGAGUUUUUUGGGCAGAAAAUUGAAAAUAAGGAAGAGGAACCGAAGUUCGAUGAUGAGGACUUUUUACUGCGGUCCGCUAGGAAGUGUUUGUUUUAA